AUGUCUUUCUAUCGUACUAUCGGUCUGAAAAGUAUCGCAAAACUACACACUAGUGUGUCGCAUUUUCAGAAAGCCUCACGGAAGACAGUCCCGAUAACGUUCGUUUGGAAGGAUGGUAGGUCCAAGACCGUGAAUGCUAAGGUUGGAGACUCCUUACUGGAUGUAGUACUAGACCAAAACGUGGGAAUAGAUGGAUUUGGAGCAUGUGAAGGCACUCUUGCAUGUUCGACGUGCCACUUGAUAUUUUCUCCGAAAGACUAUGAAAACCUCAAGGACCCCCUCACCGAAGAGGAGCAGGAUAUGUUGGACUUAGCGUUUGGCUUAACAGAUACGUCACGUCUCGGUUGUCAGGUUAUAGUAACGGAGGAUAUGCCUGGCAUUAAAAUCACUGUGCCCGAAGGAAUCUACGAUGUCCGCGCCCCAUACUUGCCUGCGCUCAAUUCUAUUUUGAUCAACCUUAUAUGUCCCACAUGUGUAAAUUCCAAAGCUCUACAAAAGAUCGGUCAUGAAGCCGCCAAAGAGGCGCAGACGCUGGUAGCUGGUGCCAGUACGUCCCAUUCGGAUGAGACUCAGUCCUCGCCGAAGAAACAGAAAAAGGGAAGAAACUUUCUGUCACGAGCCAAAUGGAAAAAACGACGCGUGAAAAAGUUGCACACACGCAAGCAACGUACCGCAAUGAAGAAUGCGAAACAACCCGUUUCCGUUCCUGCGGAGGAGCAUCAAGAAAAGGCACUAGAAUAUCUUCAUACAUGGGACACAGAUCAAGAGCACUGGAAGUUUCGGAAGAACCAACAGACCUGGUUGAUAAAUCAUGUUUUCAAUCCCCAAUUAAUCCCUCGGCCAGAGUUUCGUAUAUUCUUGCAAUAUGUCAAGGGACUGGUUGGUUCAGCCCGACAAAUCCUGGUCGCACGGUGUGAGCAAAUUAUGAAUCAGCGGGAGCCUGAAAUGGUUCUCCCAAGUGAUAAUCUGCCCGCGCCAGAAGAUGAAAUGGUAUAUUCUUCGUUGGUUGACAAUGUUGCUCGGAAACGCGCAAAGUCCAUACUGAAACGAUUGUCAAAGUCAGUUGAGUAGACAACUUAUGUAUUUCGUUCUUCAAUUGUACAGUUCUGUUUUGAGAUUUGAUAUUUUUC